AAUAACAUAACCUAUAAUAAUAUAUUAUAUAACAAGUAUGUAAAAACAAGAUAAAAGUACAUUUAUUCUAUUAAAAGACUAUUAUUAAUCAGAUGUCAACGAUAAAUAGGAUUAAAAUAAUUUAGUUAUAGUUAUUCAAAAAAAAGGAUAGAAAAUGUCAAUGGAGUGUUAUGAUUUAAAAACACGUGUUCAGUGUGUCACGUGUUAAUUUUAAUUUAUUAUUAUCAAUAAUUCUAAUUUAUACAUUUAAAGAGGAAAUGUUUAUUUUCUGCGCCAUAAGCCUAAUACGAAUAUAAGAUGUUUCGAUCAAUUUUUAGUUUUAAAAAAUUUACAAUAUGUACUUCAGAAUUUGCCACAGUCGCUAACAUAUCACCAAGAAUUCAAGAAUUUAGAGAAAAAUUAAAAGAAAAUGUUGAACAAAAUAUGUUGAAUGAUUCUUUUGGUCGACAUCACGAUUAUUUAAGAAUAUCAUUGACAGAACGCUGUAAUCUUCGGUGUUUAUAUUGUAUGCCAGCUGAAGGUAUUAAACUUUCUUCUAAUGAUAAAAUUCUUACAACUGAUGAAAUACUUCAAAUAGCAGAUAUUUUCAUUGAAGAGGGUGUGAAAAAAAUUCGUUUAACAGGAGGCGAGCCUACAGUUCGUAAAGAUAUUGUCGAUAUUAUUGCUGGAUUGAAGCAAUUUGAAGGUUUAAAGAGUAUUGCAAUGACAACAAAUGGUUUAACAUUAACACGUCAGCUUCCAUCACUUCAAAGAGCUGGUUUAGAUUGUCUAAAUAUUUCACUGGAUACACUCAAAGAGAGUCGAUUUGAGAAAUUUUCACGAAGACGUGGUUGGAAUAGAGUAAUAGCCGCUAUUGAUUUGGCAGUUCAAUUAGGAUAUAAGCCAGUUAAAAUAAAUUGCGUCAUAAUGAGAGGAUUCAAUGAAGAUGAAUUAGUGGAUUUUGUAAAUUUUACUAAACAUAAACCAGUGGAUGUUCGAUUUAUUGAGUAUAUGCCAUUUUUUGGAAAUGAAUGGAAGGAAAAUAAAAUGGUUUCAUUUAAUGAAAUGCUGACAAUUAUUAAAAAAGAGUUUCCUGAACUUGAGAAAAUUUCCGAUAAACCAAAUGAUACUUCAAAGGCUUUCAAAGUUCAGGGUUUUCAAGGACAAAUUGGAUUUAUCACAUCAAUGAGUGAAAAUUUUUGUUCAUCGUGUAAUCGAUUAAGAAUUACAGCUGACGGAAGUUUGAAAGUUUGUUUAUUUGAAGGAAAAGGUGAAGUUUCAUUACGUGAUGCUAUUCGAAAUUGUAUGUCGAAAAAUGAUUUGAAAGAAUUAAUAAAAUCAACUGUUCUUCAAAAGAAAAAACAACAUGCUGGAAUGUUUAAUUUGAGCAAAAUGGAAAAUCGGCCAAUGAUUCUCAUCGCUUUUAUAAGAAGACAACUUUGGAAGAAUAAUAAGAAAGCGCAUAAUAAAAAAAUAAUAGACAAAUCAUUUAUUGAUAAAUUAGAAUAUAAUAAUAUCAAAUUUCAUAAUGAAAUUUUCAAAAAGCCUUUCCUAGAUUUUUGCACGAGGAAUUAUUCAACUUUAUCACAUAUUGAUAAAAAUGGAAAAUUUAAUAUGGUUGAUGUGGGAUCUAAAGAGAUAACUAAACGAAUUGCUAAAGCUCAAGGAUUUAUUUACAUUGGUCCAACGAUAUGUAAAUUAAUAAAUGAAAAUAAUAUAAAAAAGGGAAAUGUAUUGGCAAUUGCACAAUUAGCGGGUAUAAUGGCUACAAAAAGAACAUCUGAUUUAAUUCCCCUUUGUCAUUCAUUGUCAAUAACUUAUGCGAACGUAUGGUUAAAAUUAAAUGAAGAAAAAGAAGGAAUUGAAAUUUUAUCUGAGGUCAGAUGCACAGGAAAAACAGGAGUUGAAAUGGAAGCACUAACAGCAGUGAGCGUUGCUGCUCUUACAAUUUAUGAUAUGUGUAAAGCAGCUGCACCGCCAGAUACCAUGAAAAUAUCAGGAAUUGAAUUGAUCUCAAAAACCGGAGGUAAAAAAGAUUUUAUUAAAGAAAAUUCUAAUAGGGAAUCUCAAAAUUGAAUUGUUAUUAAGUGUUAUAUAUUUUUUAUAUGAAGUUAUAAAUUUAUAAUUAUAUAAAAGAA